UUGAUGAUGAUAGAUCUUGGAUAUUGAUGAUGUCCCCUUCAACUGUAUCUAUUUUUUCAGUUUUUCUAUUCUGGUCGUCACAAAACUCCGGUGAUGAUCGCGGGGUUGUGGCUUCUGCGCUGUCCUGGUUUGGAUGUCGCGUUGUCCCUGCCAGUGAGCGUGCGAGUGUCGGUUUCCUAUCUCCGUAGACAGGAACUGUUGAUCGCAGGUUUCGAUCGUCCACCCCCUUAUCUGCGUCAGUUGAUAUCGACUUUGCGACGGCGGCUUGGCCCGACAGUGCUCACUGGCGUUUCGUGCAAGAUCAAGGGGGAUCCCUUGCUGGAGAUCCGUGGUCGAGGCUGGAAUGUUUAGGGACCAGUUGCCGCUUGCGGAAAUCCGCUCGCCGCCUAUCAACGCCCGUCAACCAUGGGCUGGGUCGUGGGGAUGUCGGCGUCGCCGAUGGGGGGACGUGCACUGUUGCUGGCUUAGCUUAUCUCUUAUCUCUUUGACUGUCGCUGCGGCUCUCU